UCCGUACUGCGACUCAGUUUGGCGGACGAAGCGUCACAAUAUAGUCGUGUGUUGCCAACUUUUCUGUCCAUUUGGCGGGAAAUUACUUACGAUCGCGUCGUGUUAAAAUAUAAAUUUAAUUAAUUGUGAUUAUCGGCAAUCAUGAAGGCAUACGUUGUGUUAUAUUCUUUGGGCAUGCUGAUCGUUUUAACGAUAAGCUCCAUCGGUGUAGAGGCGGUGCUUCUUGGGUCCAAGUGCCGCUCCACGUCAGAAUGCUCGGCACCUAAGUCUCAAUGCACGAGGGGAUUCUGCGCCUGUCAGCCUUAUUAUGCACAAGUUGACAACUCAACAUGUCUUGAAUCUACUCUACUGGGAUCCGAGUGCAUGGUGUCGGAGCAAUGCACCAUGAAGGUGGCAUACAGUGCCUGCUUGGACGGAGUGUGUCGAUGCACGGAUGGCCAUUUACAAUUCAGAAAGCAUACAUGUCUUUCACCGGCUCCUCCCAACCACGUAUGCUAUAGUAACGAACAUUGCCGAUUGUGGGAUAAAGACAGCCAUUGCGAUUUUGUAAUACCAAAUCUAUUUGGUAGAUGUUCUUGCAACUCAUUUUUCAAACAAACUGGAGACAGAUGUGUUCCUGUCAAGAUUCCCACAUACGCAACUGAAGCAGUCAUUGCAGAACAAGAAACAGUUCAACCAGAUUCAUCAAUUGAAACUGCUAAAUAUGAAGCGGCUAGCUUGAAAGAUCAAACUCAACCCAACUUUGUUAUCGAUUCAGACAACGUAAAACCCAGCAGAAUACCAAUGUUUACAAGUAAAAAUGACGUUUUAAGUACCCAAGAAGAUAGUCCUUUAAUGCAAGCUGUGAUGAAAGUGCCAUCUGUUGAACAAAAUAAAAGGCUGCCGGUUUCUACUAGGAAGGAUGGUGAGCCAAAUGAACUUAUUGGGGUUCAUGAAAUGACAGCCAAUUUACAUGCGAACGAUCAACCGGUUUAUCGCGUUGUUACCCAGCCUUCAGUCGACAAGAAAGCUAACAAAAAGAGCGGAACGUCAAAGGAGCAUAGUGGAAGUAAACACAAAAGUGGUCAUCAGAAAAAAUCUUCGUUGAAGGAUAAACAAAGAAUUCGGGCUGAUGGUGUUCCAGAACUGGAUCUGGGGCCUGUGUCUUUAGGAAUGCCAUGUUUGGUCGACAAUCAGUGUCAGACUGUAGACGCGAAUACUAGAUGUGUUAAUAAACGUUGUGAUUGCACGUACCGGACUAACUCGACUUCAGCUUGCUCGGCCAGGAAUAGGGGCUGUCUUCCCGGGACAUUCCAAUGCCGAUCAACAGGAGCCUGCAUAAGCUGGUACUUCGUGUGUGACGGUCGUAAGGAUUGCCCCGACGGAUCAGAUGAGAAAUGCCUAGGUACUGGUAAAGACGGAACGGGUGAACGCUGUCCGAUGCACGCGUUUCGUUGCGGCGGGCCGGGCUCACCGUGCGUGUCUCGAGCGGCCCGCUGCGACGGGAAGGUGCAGUGUCCUGGUGGAGAGGAUGAGAGGAACUGUAGAGCUACCAGGCGCAAAGGAUGUCCGCGGCACACAUUCCGGUGCGGCUCUGGCGAGUGUCUGCCCGAGUUUGAGUUCUGCAACGCGAUCAUAUCGUGCAAGGACGGCUCUGAUGAACCACCGCAUCUGUGCAAUGAGCAGUCAAGAUGGCGUGCCGCAGACUUCUGUCCGCUUCGUUGUGGGAACGGUAGAUGUCGCAGCACUGCCGUGGCUUGCUCAGGGAGGGAUGGCUGCGGGGACAAUAGUGACGAGAUAGCGUGUUCAGUCUGCAAAUGUCCGUCGACACCAGAAACACCUUGAAAAUACGACGGAGCCUAAAGUUUCAAAAUAAAGAUAUAUAAUAACUAGACUACUAACUAAUGUCAAAAAGUCGCUGCCUGUGACGCCAUAGAGCACCGUCGAGCUAGAGAUACAGCCAAAAGAUCGGAACGCCUGUUUUACACGAGUACAGACUACAGAUUAUAGCGAUCACAAAACAGGCAUAAGCAUAGAUAAUACACUAUAUACUAGAGAUAGAUGUGCAACUAAUGUUUUUAUUUUGUAAAAUCAGUGUACCCAGGCCAAGAUAUGGCGCUGCAUUAUUAUUACUUUCUUAGCGUACCAUCGCUAGAUGGCGCUAAUUAUGUUUAUAGACCGUAUUGAAUGCAUAUUGGUGUAUGUUUUGUGUGGGUUGUAUUUAUUAUUCGUUUAUUAAGUUCAGCAGUCACCUUUGAAUAAGAACAGGCAAUCAAUGAUUACAACACGAUAGUCAAGUCUUGUUUUAAUAAGUAAGUUAAGUGAGUUUUUUUGCUAUCGCUAGCUCCAUCUAUCCAUCUAUCAUGUAUGUUAAAUUAUCGCCAUCGCAGUGAAGUUGCAGCGUACCUAAUAGAAUAGAUGGCAGCACUUUCAAUGGAAAUUUUUUUCAUGUGCCAAUGUAGGGAAGUUGCGCCCCCCUGGGCAUAAGUGCGACGGAAAGCACAACACACAUACCAUAUUAUAUUGUCCACGGGCAGCAAAGUUUUGUCAUUAGUGUUACAAAAAUAAAUAUUUUAAAUUUGUUAGUGAAAUAGAGCAGAUUCAGUUCGCAAUUGUCGCAUGUGAGAAUCAAUGUAAAACAAUAAUUUUUUUGUUUUUUUUUUUCAUUGCGUAUUUACGCGAUGAAGUCACUUGGUUCACUUGUAACUUAAAGUUACCCCGGAGCUGCGUCACCAAAUUAGAUAACGAUAUUAUGAUCGCUAGAUGUUCAUCAAGUUAUAAUUAUAAUUAAAAUUUGCUGUGUUAAAGUUACGAGUUGCAAAGAUCAUCUGAAAUAUAUUAAAUACUUUCAAAUUAUUCAUUACGUGUUUGUGCGAUGGAGUUACAAUAUCGUUCGCUCGUACGAUCGUUAUCCAGUUACGAUAAAAUAAUUGCAUAAUCAUAUAUAAACACAGCUUAAAUAAUUUUAUUUAGAAAUAUGUUUUACUUUCUUUAUCAGUAAAUGAAUAAGCCCCACUUGAGAUGAGACUGAAUGAAUGAAGUGUGGUAUUUAUAACACGCGAAUCAAAUGUGUUUCUUGCAUUUCAAUAAUUUAGUGAAUAUUUAAAACGUGUGUAAAUAUAAUUUAAUUAUUGUAAUACUUAAUUUAUUUGUGUAGAUAUAUUUCUAGAUUUACUCUGUUAAAACAACAAAUUAAUUUGUAGUUUUCAAAUUGUAACCUGUGAAUAAACUAACUAUAUUUCAUUUAUACUGUAAAGUAUUGAUGCCAUAAAGUGUCUUGGGCGAAUACUCAAUAAUAUAAUUGUCUCAAAUAUGUAAAACACUAAUAAAAAUGGGCUUUUGACGCACCUAUUCAAAUAGUCUACCGUAUUCUAUAUAAUAUGUAAUUCAAGCAGUACUGUUUUUAUAAAACUGACAAAUUUUGCCUGAAUUGUACUUUACCUUGUGUCUUGGGCGUCUUUUGGGCUUGUAUAAAACCAUAGAGUUAGAUUAUACUGUCGUAUAGACGACCUGACAGCCGGAUAAUACGUGACCAAUUUUGAUUUGUCAAUGUGUGCGUUAGCUGUAGUGGUUUAAUUUCAAAAUACUCAGGAGCUAUUGUUAAGCGUUUCUGAUUGCUUACGACUUGUCAAUCAAAAUCGAUUACAGAAUCGAUGAUUUCGCUUUCCUUUUCUUCCUUGCAGUAUCUCCAUUAGAUGUUUUUCUCUCUCGCACGCUUUGUUUCUCUAUACGUUAGUGUAUUGUAAGUAUUAAAGGAAAUAGUGCUCUGUACAUAUUUAUUACAUUAAUUAAUUUAUAAUAAAUGAAGACAUUAGUAUCAAUUAUUAGUAAAGUUUAACACGUGGCAAAUCAACGCCUCACAUUGUUCGAGACUGGCUCGAGUACGCCCACUUGGGCGUAAUAUUAGUUGCCGCACUUUGCGACUACACCUGAAAACCUGCGCCUGCUUCGGAAAAAUAAGUGCUCGUGAGAAGAACAUAAAACUAAAAGAAUCUCAAUUGCCACUCUUUUAAAGCAAUGAUUUUUAACAAUUUAUUAUUUUAUAAACUUAGGUAGGUACUGCAUCAUGUUCAUAGUUAAAAAAAACAUUUUAAAUAUGAAAAAUUUCAUAAAAAGUAAUAAACAAUAAACUGUAUAAAUCACCACCCACUCUUAAUUAAGCUCUCUAGUUAAGGUUUAAAAACCUAAAGAUUUCGUCGUUUAUAACGCUCAGCGAUUUUAAAAUUCAAUAAAACCUCCUGUCUCCGAACGAUGAAAAGUUCCACAACUCGGAAAGAUAUUCCAUUUUUUAAAGCCCCAAGUAUAAAGCAUUGUUUAAUUUUAGCAUUGUAAUUUGUACUAUAGUAAUUUAUAAUAAGUUUAUAAACGUGUGUGUGUGUGUAUGUGAUACAAAUAUAUUAAAUAAUUGAAAUUACUAAA